CCGGGAUCUCGAUGGCCCACAGAGGGUCGGGGGAGGUGGUGAGCGGCGGGGGACGGGUGGGAGCCGGGUUGUGGGCUGUGCGAGGAAAAGGCCUCGGCUGCGGCAGGUGCCCUGGAGUAAAGCUCCCUCAUGGAGAGUGGCACUUCAAAAUGCUGAAGGGAGCUCAGCAGUUUGUUGGCAAAUCCCUCCAACCAGCACUACCUGUGUCCCAUUUGUCUUCUAAACAAGCAUCAGAAGUUGCUUUCAACUUUCAGACUGAAUUACCUAGCAAUGCUCAAGUAUGUUUGCAGAGUAAAGUUGACUGGGUGAGUACUGAGUGAAUACUGAAUAACAAA